AUGUAUCUCCCCGCAUCCGCCCCCAACCCCCACCCCCUUGACCCAUUGCACGUGGGGGAGGUCAAGGUCGCGUCCACGGCAAUCUUGCAACACCUAGGUGUUACUACCAAGGACGUUCGCUUCAAGGUCAUUGAUCUUUACGAGCCCUCCAAGGAUGAGACCCUGAAGUACAUUCAUCACGGUGCCUCGGCCCCCGAUCGCCGAUGCCGCGCCUACUUUCACCAAUUGAAGAGCCCUAUCCUCACGAUUGCUAUUGUCAACAUUACCAAGGGAGUCGUCGAGCAUAGCUACGAUGCACCUGACUCACAAGGUCCCGUCGAUUGGGUCGAGUACGAUCUGGUCCACAAGGCCUGCUUAUCACACCCGAAGGUCCUCGAGGAGGUGGCCAAGUUGAAGCUCCCUGCUGGUUCCCGCAUUGAGAAUGACCCGUGGAGCUUCGGCACUGAUGACCAUAACGAGCGCCGCCGUCUCUUCCAGUGUUACAUGUACCUUGCUCUGAGCGAUGACCCCCAGGCCAACCACUACUCUAUUCCUCUACCUUUCGCUCCCAUUUUCGACGGCCACACUCUGGAGCUAAUCGACCUGCAACGACUGCCUACCGGCGCCACUGAUGAGAUUGAUGAGGAAACUCAACCCUGGGAUCCUACCAGCGCUGUCGAAUAUAGCGCCGACCUCAUGGGCCCUGAUUCUUUCCGCAAAGACCUCAAACCUCUACAGGUUCUUCAGCCUCAGGGUCCCUCUUUUACCAUGCAAGGACGUCAUAUUCAGUGGCAGAAGUGGUCUUUUCAGCUUGGAUGGAAUAUGCGUGAAGGUCCUGUCCUUCACGAUGUUCGCUAUGACGGACGCUCCCUAUUCUAUCGUGUCUCCAUGAGUGAGAUGACCGUUCCAUAUGGCGAUCCCCGCUCCCCCUACCAUCGCAAACAAGCAUUUGACUUGGGUGAUUCUGGAUUCGGUCUCACUUCCAACUCUCUGAGCUUAGGAUGCGAUUGCCUUGGCCACAUUGCCUACUUUAACGGCAUCCGCGUUACAAGUAGCGGCGAUCCUGUUAUCAUGCCCAACGUUGUCUGCAUGCACGAGGUUGAUGACGGUAUUGGCUGGAAGCACACUAACUUCCGUAAUGGAAAGUCGUCUGUUGUGCGCGACCGCCAGCUCGUUGUUCAGUGCACUGCCACCGUUGCAAACUACGAGUAUAUCCUUGCUUUCGUUCUUGACCAGGCCGCCAAUCUACACGUCGAUGUCCGUGCCACAGGUAUAGUUUCUACAAUGCCGAUCAAAAAGGGAGUUCACGUUCCUUGGGGCACUACUGUGGCCCCGGGCGUGCUUGCAGUGAACCACCAACAUCUCUUCUGUCUCCGUGUCAACCCCUCACUCGACGGACGCGACAACACCGUCGUCUAUGAUGACUGUAUUCCUGUGGAAAACGAGCCCCAGCUUGACCCGUUUGGAUGUGCGUUCAAGGUCAAGCAAACACAGGUUCAGAAGCCUGGCGGAUAUGACCUUGACCUGACCCAGAAUCGUACAUUCAAGAUAUUGAACGAGUCUAAGAUCAACUAUAUUGCGAACAAGCCUGUCGGUUACAAGUUGCAUCCUGUUCCCAGUCAGAUGUUAAUGAUGGGACCUUCUACAUUCAACCUCAAGCGUGGUAUCUUCACUACGAAACCUAUAUGGGUCACCAAAUACCGGGAUCAUGAGCUCUGGGCCUCUGGUGAGUUCACUAAUCAAAGCAGAGAGGACACUGGGUUGGCCAAGUGGGCUGCUCGUGAUGAGAAUGUUAAAAACGAAGAUGUCGUUCUCUGGCACAGCUUUGGUGUCACCCAUGUCACUCGAACUGAAGAUUUUCCAGUCAUGCCCACUGAGAAGAUGAUGGUGUCCCUGAAGCCCGUCAACUUCUUCGAUAUCAACCCAUCCAACGACGUGCCACGAUCCAACCAGAACGAGAACAAAUCCACACUCCACCAAAAUGAUUCUUCGUGCUGCUCCACUCGUCCUUCUCGCAUAUAG